AUGAACCUCUACGCAGCUGGAAAUGCAUUGUUGGAGAUCGAAUAUGCGGGAGAGGUGGGAACUGGCUCUGGACCGACUCUCGAAUUCUACGCACAGGUUGCUGAGAACUUGAGGACGCUGCAGCCGCAACUUUUCAGAACCAGCACUCCUGGGGGCAUGCUUUUCCCGCAGCCCUAUGACCCGCACUGGCUUCGACGAGCUGAGGAUCAGGCUGCUCAGCAGAUCCUGGAGCGAUUUAGGCUCUUGGGUCAGGUGGUUGCCAAGUGCAUCAUCGACAAUCGCUUGGUGGACGUGCAGCUGCAUCCGGCCUUCUGGCGAUCUGUUCUUGGCACUGCGCCCCUCUCUCAGCAGUGGCUGCGAUCAGUUGAUCCAGAGUUGUACUCCUCGCUGGAGAACAUCCGUGAUAUGGAUGGCAGCAAGCUUGAGUCGCUCUGCAUUGACUUCACCAUGCCAGGCAAUUCAAGCCUCGAGCUGAAGCCGGGUGGAGCAGGGGUGAGCCUCAACAGCUCCAAUCGUGACGAGUACCUGCGUCAUGUUGCAGAGGUGGCGCUCGUGGAGGCUGUGGCGCCUCAGAUCACGGCCUUCCGGACAGCUUUCAAAGAGCUCCUGCCUCUGGAGACUUGCCGCAUCUGGUCGGAACAGGAGCUGUCCUUCAUCAUCGUGGGCUCCUCCGUGCAAGAGGAUACGUUCUGGAGCCUCGACCACUUGGCAGCAAACAUCAAGGCGCAGCACGGCUACACAGCUGAAUCCAGGUGCUUCAAAGAUUUGUUGAACUUCCUCUCCAGUCUGUCGCCUGAAAACAGGCGGAACUUCCUCAUGUUUGCAACGGGUGCACCGACGCUCCCGAUCGGUGGGUUCAGUGGCCUCAAGCCACCCCUCACUGUUGUCAAGAAGGAAGCGCCAUCUGCUCCUUUGACGGCAGAUGAUUUCAUGCCCUCCGUCAUGACUUGUGCAAACUACCUCAAGCUUCCUGAGUACAGCUCAGAAGAGACACUGAAGCAGAAGCUCCAGCUGGCCAUGCGAGAAGG